AUAUCUCCAAUGAAUGUUGAAGAUUUAAGAAAUGAAUUGAAUGAAUUACACAAAAAGUAAGCAGAAAGUCUUACAAAAAGGAAGACGAUUAUAAAGGAGAUUAAGAACUUCACAUUUUAGUAUUGGUUAUUUAUAAUAUUAAUUAGAAAAUAAGAUUACAAAAAGAUAAAAUUAAAUGAUGGAAAAGAAUAGGUAGUUCUUAUUGUUUUGAUUGUAUAGAAAGUAUUUCAAAUAAAUCUUGUGGGUGCUAAGGAAGAACGUGCAGAAAAGUAAAAGUAGCUUGAUGAACAAGUACCCACUAUCUCGAAGGAGAAGGAUAGACGUUUAGCGAAAUCUUUAUUAGGAAAUCAUCUGUUAAAAGCAAAAUAAGACUUGAUAGGUGAGAAAUAGAAGGUAUUUAUAUUCUAAUCAAUUAAAAUAGUUGGAAAAAUAAAUAGAGAUAAAUAAGCGAUUAGAUGAUAAAGACAAAUUAGAUUUACAAACUCUCAAAGAAGAUUAAAAUGUAUUUCUAUUUUAUGAAUUUUUCAGAAAAAGAAGAGUUAAUUAGUUAAUGAGAGGAAGUAAUUAGAGCGUGAUUUAGCUGCUGAUGAAUAUAAAAGAUAGGUAUUUAAAUAAAUAUUUUUUAGGUUCUAUUACUUGAAUUAUAAAUAAAAAUAAUGAGAGAUUUUUUUAUUACUAAGUAAAUUAUUUGAUGAAAAUAUUUUAGAACAUAUCCUCAUAUUUUAUGGUAGCCUGCUAAAACAAAUGAGGGUAUGAAUCCUCUUAAAGAAUAUAGUAGUGAAAAGUUUAAUGUAAAAUAUUGAUUAGAAGUAAAAUAGGAAAUGGAAAAGGAUUUAAAGGAAAAAUUGUUGAAAGCAUACACUAACUUCAGUGAAUCGUAAUAUUAAAAGUUGAAGGAAUAAUAAGUUUAAUAGGAGCACGAAAGUUCAUAAUCAGAAAGCGAGGAGUCAUAGGAUAAAUAAAAGGCUAAAGGGUAAGAAUGAUGAAAAAUUAU